AUGUCGGGACUGUCAGAUCCUGGGUCGAGUAACUACGACUCGGCCACAAUGCAUGUGGGUGAUGGAACAUGGGACUCGCAGCGCAACACUUUUCUGCUGCCCAACUUGCAAAGCCCAAACUUUGAAACCAUGCGAUUGAAUGGCAUGGGCAAUCGUUUCCGCAGCAUGGUCGGCUACAAGGCUCUCAUCACAGCUCACGGCGUCUUAGCAGCCAUUGCCUUCCUAUUCGUAAUACCAGCAGCCAUCUUCAUGGCUCGCUUCUAUCACCGGAAUCCACGAACCGCAUUACGAGUCCACAUCUGGUUGCAAGUACUGGCAGUCCUUCUCUCGACUGCUGCCAUCGUUUGCAGCUUCCAGGCUGUUGGCCUCGAGAGGUCCCUGUCCAACCCACAUCAUGGCAUUGGUGUCGCACUAUAUACUCUUGUCAUGGUGCAAGCUCUUGGUGGUUCUGUCAUCCAUAGACUAGAGAAGGGCAAGGAACGAUACAAGAUUCCUCUUAAGCUUAUGAUCCACCAAUGGUUAGGCCGUACUAUUGCACUCCUCGGCCUUGCGCAGGUUCCCCUUGGACUGACCUUGUAUGGAUCACCACUUGCCUUGUUCGUACUUUUCGCCAUUUGGACCUUCAUCCUAGUAGUCCUCUACUUCGUCCUUUCGUACCGGACUCAACCAGAGAUGGACUUUGAUGAUCGUAGCACCUACGUGACCGAUAUGACAUACAGCACCAGGAGAAGUCGGCGGACUAGUAGAGGACCUGGCGUUGGGAAGCUUGCAGCAGCUGGAGCAGCCGGUGCAGGAUUAGCUGCCCUGGGGUCAAGAAGAUCUCGAAGUCGCACCCGUAGCCGACGUGGUGGCACAGUUAUCAGUUCAAGGCCUGGCUCUCAGUCUCGGCGUGAUUCUCGUUCCCGUGUCGCCGACUCUGAGUUCACAGAAUCCUAUCUGAGCGACGAAAAAUACGGCGGUGAUCGCAACAAGGGUUCCACAUGGAAAGACCGUCUUUUGGGAGCCGGAGCCGCGGCUGGAGGCAUCUUCGCCGUGAAGAAGCUGUUCAGUCGUAAGCCGAAGCAUCCUCCGACGGAGACAGGAAGCGACUUCAGCUACAGCCGCCCAAUAGAACCCUCAGAAAUCACUCAGACCGAUCUUUCCAGGCUUGAAGAAGGAAGGGCGCCUGAGUCUCCAGCAAACCGUCGGGACAACUGGCGUCGCGAUAAUCCGCAAGCGUCGGCAAUGUCUGGAAGUAAUCUGCGGAGUGGUCAUCGCCCAGCUGGAAGUGUAACGUCGAUUGACUCUUUCGAUAGUCGGACAAGCCUUAGCGAAGAGACUGAGAUGAGGCCUAGGGAUCGAUCAUACGGAUUGAAGGAAGGAGUCGCUUCGCUUGGUGUGGUUGGUUUCCUGAAGCAUUCUCUAAGCAGACGCAGUAAGAAGAAGGAAGACGACCGUGUGGAAGAGAUGAGGCAACAGGAUGAAGAAGAAGAACGUAUCGCUCGCAUGAACAGCCAACGUCGUAAGAAGUACACUGGCGAUGGAGUGCCGAGGAGAGGCAACAGACCGCCGUCCACCAUCCUGUCUGACAGCGAUAUGACCGGCAUUACACCUUCAGUAGCGCGUCCAUCCCGACCCAUGGAUUCUACCGUCACGCCCAACCCUAGUCGCCCCCCUCGCGCAGGUGUUUACAGUGUCCUGUCCGACUCUGGAUCCGAAGCUUACGACUCACCUGGAGGCCGUCACCAUAGCCGACGGCGCACCGGAGACAACCCAGUGCUACCCGCUGGUGCGGCUGCAGCAGGCACGGUAACUUCUGCCGGGUCUCCUUCUAAGAAGGAGCGCCGCGGUAGCAGAGACGACGUAGCAUCCCCUCCUGUAUCUGUGAAAGUUAAGAUGCACAAUGACGGUCGACAUGUGACCCUACGACGACUGAACGAAGAAGAAGCUGCGGCAGAACGAGAGGCACGGAGAAGAGACCGUCAACGGAAGAAUCGCGCUGGUAGUGUCAGUUCAAUGAGUGGCGUUGGAGGAGACCGCUGGCGCAGGACCGAAGCUAUGGAAGCAGCGCAGGCACAAGAGAUGGCACAGCAAUCCGGAAUACCUCCACCAAUGCCGAUGCCUAGUUCAAGCACCUUACGCAUGCCCGAGGCCAACAUUCCUCCUCCUCCACCAGGACCACCACCAAUGUUCGGCAACAACCAAAACCUGGCUCCAGACCAUGGCAACCUCCCACCUCCUCCGCCAAUCCCAGCAGCGGACACUGUCUUGAGCAGUCCCGUCUAUGGCACAGAAACGGACCUUAGUAACUACGAUUCCAACAGGCGUAGGCGGAGAGCAGAGCGUGCCCAAGCUAAGCAAGCUAGGUUGGGAGGAAGUCGCGUCGAGUUCUCGUAA